AUGGACGAGGUUGAGAGGCAUUUUGUGUUGGUUCAUGGAGCUGGUCAUGGAGCAUGGUGUUGGUACAAAUUGGCAACACUGCUAAGAUCAGCAGGUCACAGGGUCACUGCUCUGGACAUGGCUGCUUCUGGAGUUCACCCUAAGCGGCUGGAUGAGGUCUGCUCGUUGUUGGACUACUGUGAGCCGUUGAUGGAAUUCAUGGAGCAUCUGCCGGUGGAUGAUAGAGUGGUUCUGGUGGGUCACAGCAGGGGCGGGAUCUUCAUAUCUAUGGCCAUGGAGAGGUAUCCUGAAAAAAUAUCUAUUGGUGUUUUUAUCACUGCUUUCAUGCCUGGUCCCAACUUAGAUUUUCCUACUAUCAAUCAAGAGGGAGAAACUGUAAAUCUAUAG